AUGAUCGGCGAUAACUCGCCGUUCAACCUCGACGGCAAGUGCGCCGUCGUCACCGGCGGCACCAAAGGACUCGGUCGAGCGAUCGUGGAGGCGCUGGCGAGCCACGGCGCGAGGGUCCACACGUGCGCGCGGACCGAGGCCGACGUCGACGCGUGCGUCGCGGAGUGGCGCGCGCGCGGGCUCGACGUCACGGGAUCCGCGUGCGACGUGUCCUCCCGCGCCAGCCGCGCCGACCUAUGCGCGCGCGCCUCCGAUCUCUUCCGCGGCAAGGUGGACAUCCUGGUCUCCAACGUCGGGUUCAACACGCGCAAGCCGACCGUGGAUUUCACCCCGGAGGAGUACCGAGCGCUGAUGGACGUCAACCUCGAGUCUUCCUUCGCGCUGUGCCAGCUUUUCCAUCCGCUGCUGGUUAAAUCGCGCGACGGAUGCGUCCUGUUCAACUCCAGCGUCGCCUCGCUCGUGUCCAUGCAGAGCGGCGUCGUGUACGCCAUGACCAAGGCGGCGAUGAACAUGCUCACCAAGUACCUCGCGUGCGAGUGGGCGAAGGACGGGAUCAGGGUCAACGCGGUGGCGCCGUGGUACAUCAACACGCCCCUCGCGAAGCAGGUGCUGGCGGAUCCUGUAUAUGCCAAGGCUGUGAUUGACGCGACGCCCGCGGGACGCGUCGGGGAGCCCGAGGAGGUGGGCGCGGCGAGCGCGUUCCUGUGCUCGAGGGCGGCGAGUUACGUCACCGGUCAGGUUCUCGCGAUUGACGGGGGAUUCUCGGUGAACGGCUGGAAGCCGCCGACGAAGAAGCUGCCGGCGAGCAAGCUCUGA